AUGUCCACCUCAUCCUUCGACUACCCGAACCCUCUCAAUAUGGACCCCGCCCAGUUCAAGUUAUUGUUGUCGUUGCUGCCCAAGGUGCCCUUGAUAACGCGGGUAGCACUUCUUCAUGUUCUACAUUUGUCAAAGUCGUCUCAGUACCUAGAUCUGCGGAGCGAUCUCAUCAUCUCGGUCAUACGCUCAUACCUUCAGCCAGCCAAGUUACGCUCCAUUACAUCCACCCAGAAGCUCACAAACCGCGAUAGCGGCGUCAAAGGGAGAAUAUGGGUCGCCACAUACGCUAGCCCUGUGCCGCCAGAAAGCGACGUGCGCGACGUGAUCAUCGGAGUCAUACAGUCGACCAGGGCCCCGGACACGCCAGAACUAAGUGUACGGCUGCCGGAUAUCGUGCCAGUGGAGUCCGAGUGGACAGGCUAUCGCGCCGGUGCGACAAAAGAGGAGCGCCCACCCGCGAUUGCGGAAAAAGACAAGUUUGAAAAGCUACAGAAAGAGGUCACCAGUCCCCUGACGGUUUUGUACCUUCACGGAGGAGCGUACUACCUUUGCGAUCCGGUGACCCAUCGACCGACUACAAAGAAGAUAGCAAAGUUGACUGGAGGCCGCGUUUACUCAGUUCGGUACCGCUUGGCUCCGCAGAACCCCUUCCCGGCGGCUCUGCUAGACGCCUUGGUCUCGUACUUGACUCUAUUAUACCCGCCUCCCGAUGCCUACCACCAAGCGGUCGACCCGAAACAUAUCGUCGUUGCCGGAGACAGUGCCGGGGGCAAUUUGAGUCUAUCUCUGCUGCAACUCCUCCUCGAGCUACGCAGACAAAACCGCAAGGUCCGCUGGCUGGGCGAGGAAAGGGACAUUCCUCUGCCUGCGGGAUUCGCGUUGAACUCGCCAUGGAUGGAUAUCACGCAAAGUUUGCCCAGCUGGAAUGCCAACGGGGAGUUUGACUACCUCCCGACAGGCGAGGUCUACGCCAAACACAACCCACCCCCAUGCAACAUCUGGCCCACAAACCCACCCCGAACAAACAUAUACGCCGAAGAUGACCUCCUUGCGCAUCCGUUGGUGACUCUCCUAAUGAGCCGCAGUUGGACCGGGGCGCCCCCGGUGUAUAUGUGCACGGGGUGGGAGCUGCUGGCGGAUGAAGACAAGUACAUGGCCCUCAAACUGCACCGGGACGGUGUCCCCGUGGUGUUUGAGGAGUACGAGGGGAUGCCGCACUGCUUCGCCCUGAUCCUAACAAAGAUUCCCAACGCGAAGCGCUGUUUCGAAGGAUGGACCAACUUCAUGAUGAGGGCUAUCACCAAUCCGGAGACGAUCGAUUCCAAGGCGACCACGAUCAAGUCCAAGAGUCUGCAAGAAGUCGUUCUCGAUUUUGAGUCCUUGAGCGCCAUGAGCGUCGAGGACGUGCAGGAACGGGUUCUUGCCAAGAAGGAGACGACUUUGGCGGCUGCGCCAGAGACUGCGGCAAAACUCUAG